CUCCUUUUCCCGACAGACCAGACCAUAAUACGCGGUCCAAAUCUCCCCCAAUAUAAGCCUCUCCUUCUCAUUAGGGUUUCAAGAAACAUCCUCCUUUGUUUUUGUUUUCUUUCUCAUACACUCCUCUAGAAAAUGUUUGUAUCAGAAGGAUUGAUGGGAUUUUCAUUUGAUUCAUAAAGCUUUUGUCUUUGAACUUUUCUCUGUGUAACAGGGGAUUUCAUGGGGAAGAAUUCUUGAAUUGAUCUGCCCUUUUUGCAUUUUUGUAGUUUUUAUUGGAUCUUGUUACCGUGCAUCUGUUUUCUUUUUCUUUUUCUUCCUACGUUUUUGUUCAAAUUUUUGUUUGUUGGAACAAGAACUGAAAGUUCGGAUUCUUGAAUUUAUCAGCUUUUGUUGAUCUUGUUGGAAAUUUUUCUGCUGUCUCUCGCGGGUCUUUCAGAAUUCCAGAUUCUAUAUUUUGUUUCCAGUUUUGAUUUUUCUGUUGCAUGUAAGCUGAGAGAAAUGCCAACGACAGAUUUUCACGAGGCGUCAUCCUCUUCCGGCUUUGGAUUUUCCAUUCUGAGCCGACGCCGAGAUCAGGUUCACUCCAUGGAGUCCACCCAUGAGGCCACUGUACAAGAACUUGAAUUGGAAGCAUUCCAGAAACAAGUCGCCGAUCGCUUUCAAGAUUUGGCUGCCGCCGAGUCGGACGAGCUGCUCUCGAUCUCUUGGCUUCGCAAGCUUUUAGAUGCAUUCCUCUGUUGCCAAGAGGAAUUCAGAGUGAUUGUUCUCAAGAACAAGGCUCAUUUUAAUAGGCCUCCUGCGGAAAGAUCCAUUGCGGAUUUCUUUGAGAGGAGUGUUAAGGCUUUGGAUGUUUGUAAUGCGAUCAGGGAUGGAAUUGAGCAGAUAAGACAGUGGCAGAAACAGCUGGAGAUUGUUUUGUGUGCAUUGGACAAUCAGAGGAGCAUUGGUGAAGGGCAGUUUCGCCGCGCAAAGAAGGCCCUAGUCGAUUUGGCCAUUGGAAUCCUUGAGGAUAAAGAGCCCAACACAAAUGUUGCUCACAGGAACCGAUCUUUUGGACGUAGUAAUGUGCCGAAGGAGCAAAAAUCUUUGGGCCACUUCAGGUCACUUUCAUGGAGCGUUUCAAGGUCUUGGUCCGCUUCUAGGCAGCUUCAAGCAAUCGGGGGUAACUUGGUGGCUCCACGAGCUAAUGAAAAUAUGUCAACCCAUGGACUUAGCAUGACUGUUUUCACAAUGAGCAAUGUGCUUUUAUUCACAAUGUGGGCUCUCGUGGCUGCAAUCCCCUGUCAAGACCGUGGUCUUCAGACGCAGUUUCACGCCACAAAGCAGUUCUUCUGGGCUGUCCCGAUUCUUUCACUCCACGAGAUAAUUCUGGAUGAGUCGAAGAGACGGGACAGGAGACAUCUUUGUGGGUUGUUAAAGGAGAUUAUUGAGCUUGAGAAAUGCGCUCGGCCUUUGAAUGAACUGACUGAUUCUGUCAACUUCCCAUUGAAGAAGGAUAAGGAGGUGGAACUGAAGCAGAAAGUUGAGGAAAUGGGAAGUGUGUUUGAAGCUAUAAAGGAUGGGCUGGAUCCAUUAGAACGCCAGGUUAGAGAAGUGUUCCAUCAUAUUGUUCGCAGCAGGACUGAGUGUCUGGAGUCACUCAGCCGACCAAAUAGUCAUGAUUGAUGAGAUUUGAUCUAUGGAGUUGCCUUUGGUAAUUGGAACUUGAAAUUUGUUUUGUGAAUUUUGGUUUUUCCUUAGGUGACUAGGAGAAGGAAAUCAAUGAGAGGCAAUUUUCUUAGAAUGUAAAAGGGUUGAAAGGUUAAAGUCUUGUAUUUAUCUCAUAAUGAUCAUUGUGUAAAGAACUUAGGAAGAAAGAUUGGACUUUCUGCUGUCCA